UCUUCAUAUGUCUUAUAUGUACAAUGGAUGAAGUAUGGGGAGGAGAGAAAGUUUCCAGCCCAGGAGCAGAAGAAAGUUCUCCUUUGCAGCAAAACCCACAGAGACCCUGGCCCAAAACAAGGGACCGUGUAGCAGCAUGUUUAACUUUUGUCAAACGUCAACUCUUCCGGGCGGGAGACGACUGGUAUUUUCUCUUCAUUCUUGGUGUGUUAAUGGCUCUCAUUAGUUUUGCAAUGGACUUCACAGUGGUCAAACUUUUCAAAGCUCAUCGAUGGCUCUACGAGCAGUUAGACGGCAACGAUCUUCUGCAGUACAUGUCUUGGAUUGUGUACCCUGUUGCAAUGACAACAUUCUCCACUGGUUUCUCUCAGUGUGUGUCACCGCAGUCAGGAGGUUCAGGGAUUCCGGAGCUGAAGACUAUCCUGACCGGAGUUCUUCUGGAGGAGUACCUGACCAUGAAAACCUUUGCAGCAAAAGUGGUUGGUUUGAUAUGUUCACUGGCAGCAGGAAGCACAAUCUUUUUGGGGAAAGUGGGUCCCUUUGUGCACAUCUCCACCAUGAUCGCCACCUACUUGGGAAGGAUUCGAACUACAGUCACCAGGGAUUAUGAAAAUAAGAACAAGCGGUACGAGAUGCUGGUGGCAGCAGCGGCUGUCGGGGUCGCGAGUUGCUUUGGCGCACCCAUCAGCGGCGUCCUGUUCAGUGUGGAGGUGAUGUCAUCCCAUUUUGCAGUGCGAAACUAUUGGAGAGGAUUCUUUGCUGCCACAUGCAGUGCAUUCAUGUUCCGACUUCUUUCUGUGUUCAACAAUGAACAAGAAACUAUCAUUGCUCUUUUCAAGACGAAGUUCAAAGUUGACUUCCCAUUUGAUUUACCAGAGACUGUAAUCUUUAUCAUCCUUGGAAUCAUCUGUGGGAUCCUGAGCUGCGUCUAUCUCUACUGUCAGCGCAGACUGCUGGGUUACGUCAAGAGAAACGCUUUUGUCCAGAAUUUCAUGGCAACCGAGAAAACUGUGUAUUCUGGACUUCUGACCUUAUUCUUGGCAUCCAUCACCUUCCCUGCUGGCCUGGGGCAGUUCAUGGCAUCCAGGCUCACCAUGAAGGAACUUCUCUCCUCGCUCUUCGAUCAUCGGCCAUGGGGCGUGCUCUCUCAGAAUGCAACACUUAACGUCCACACAAGGGUGGACCCUGACAAUCUCUGGAUCGAUUGGUGUCACCCCACCUUCACUUUUUAUGGCACCCUCCUGUUCUUCUUAUUUAUGAAGUUUUGGAUGUUGAUUCUUGCCACCACUAUGGCAAUGCCAGCUGGAUACUUCAUGCCCGUACUUAUUUAUGGUGCCGUUAUAGGUCGAAUGGUGGGAGAAUUUAUGGCUUUUAUAUUUCCCAAUGGCAUCAAUUCAGAGGGAGUUUUGAACCCGAUAAUCCCUGGGGGAUAUGCCCUUGCAGGAGCAGCAGCAUUUUCUGGAGCUGUGACCCAUACCUUGUCCACGGCAUUAUUGGUAUUUGAGCUCACUGGGCAGAUAGCUCAUUUCUUACCUGUUUUACUGGCUGUACUUGUGGCAAAUGCCAUUACACAGAAAUUCCAACCUUCUUUCUAUGAUGGAACCAUCAUUGUAAAGAAGCUGCCAUAUUUACCCAAAAUACGGAGCAGUGACAUUGGCUCUUACAGUGUGACAGUGGAACAGUUCAUGAACACCAACCUCAAGUGUUUGGACCAAAGUUUCAGCUACGCAGAUAUCCUGCAAGUGAUAACCUCCAGUUCCGAUGCCGUAUAUCCUGUUGUUGAGAGUGCAGAAUCCAUGAUGCUCGUGGGAUCAGUUCAAAGGAGCGAGCUUACCAAUUUUCUUCAGACUCAAGGAGAACAGAAAAGCCACAAGGAAAAAUUGCAACUGAAAGAAGUGGAUGUAAAGUUUAGGGGAAGGUGGAAUAUUGAUCCAAUAACUUUCCAACUGUCUCCAAGCACAUCACUGCACCAGGCCCAUAAACUGUUCGAACUCCUUGUCCUUCAGCACACGUUUGUCACUUCUGCAGGCAGGGUUGUUGGCUUCGUAACCAGAAACGAGCUAAAGAAAGUGAUUGAAGACCUGGCAAAUGGGCGCAUCCCAGUCAAGUCAUAAUUACCACGGAAGAGCCAUGUGUCAUUUUACAGGCCACCCUGCAACCUUGCCCAGAGUUUAACAAGACAUGCUGUGCAGUAUACUGGUGUUUACUACGAGUAAACACCAAAAGGUCAUGUGUCCUCAAAUGCACACCUACAUUCCAAAAUGUUUAAUAAUACACUGAACUUCCUUUACUACAACAAAUUGUUUUAGUUGUGACCCAUUAAUAAUAUAAAAUAUUAAAAAUGCAUUAAAUGAUAAGAAACAGAUGGGUUACCUAAAUUUUUCCUUGGGAUAACUGUAAUAAUUUAGUUUUAACAUUCAGUCUGAAGCUUUCUUGUUUUCUAAGAAAUAUACUUUAUGUAAGGGAAGGGGUAGUUUAGAUUGAUGUCAGAAGCAAGUUAUAGUGCACCCCAGCCCAGGCAAACAAAGGUCCCACAAACUGUCGUCACUUAAUGUUAUCCAAGUUAGUUCAUCCUUCAGACUGAUAUUUUUACAAGCUGGUGGAAAGACACCAUCACCAAUGCUUGACCAGGGGCAAUUUCUUUCAUUGUGCCAUUUACGUUUUUGCCAGCUGUGUUGAAUAUGAGAUUGUACAGUGUAAGAUUCUAGGCUACAAUCAAUGUCACUCCAUUACUUGUUGAACUACAGUGACUGAUGGUAAGGCUAUGCCUUGAUUUUAUAUUAUUAUCCUCUUUUCAUUGUUUUCCUUCUAUUGUCUCACCCUCUCUGUGUUUGAAACCUUAUUCAGACCUUCCGAGGUGUCUGGUCACUUGCUUGUGCCUGACAUUAAUGGCUCUAUCACUGUUGGCUCUACUUUCAGUUUCCAAGCUUUUGGUUACUUACCUAUUUCCUUAUCAAUGUUUGGUUUGAUAAUACAGCUGUGUAAAACCUUGAGACGUUUUUGCUACAUUAGUGGUUGGACAUAAAUAAAGAAUGUUGAUGAACAGAGAGACCAUGGAGUUCAAGUCCAUAGCUCCCUGAAGGUGGCAACACAGGUAACUAGGGUGCUGAAGAAGGCAUGUGGCAUACUUGCCUUCCUAGGUCGGGAUGUAAAAUCUGAAAGCUGGAAUGUUAUGUUGCAACUGGUUAGACUGCACUUGGAGUAUUGUGUACACUUCUGGUCUCACAACAGGAAGGAUGUGCUUGCAUUGGAGAGAGUGCAGAGGAGAUUCACCAGGAUGUUGCUUGGCUUGGAGGACUUUAGUUAUGGGAAGGUACUGGAUAGGCUGAGCUUGUUUUCCCUGGAGCAAAGGAGGCUGAGGAAUGAACUGAUAGAGAUAUGUAAAAUAUGAGAGGCAUAGACAGGGAAUAUAGUCAGAUUCUUUUUCCUGUGAUAGGGGUAUCAAAAAUAAGAAGGUAUGGGUUUAUGGUGAGAGGGAGGAGUUUUAAAGAGGAUUUGAGCAAAAAGUUUUUUACUCGGAGAGUGGUUGAUAUCUGGAACUCAGAGGUGGUGGUGGAAUCAAGAGGAGGGGGCGGAAUCAAAUAUAAUCACUGCACUUAAGAGUCAUUUAGACAGGUACUUGAAUCAGCAAAGCGUAGAAGGAUACGGACCUGAUGCAGACAAAUGAGAUUAGUGUAGGUGGGCAGAAAGGUCGGCAUGGACAUGGUGGGACAAAGGGCCUGUUUCUGUGCUGUACAGCCCUAAGACUCCGUGGGCACUGUACAAGCAGAAGCAGGUGUUAUAAUGCCAGUCCUGUGCAUUUAGAGUAAGAGCAGCUUCUGGAUCUCUAUGGAUCAAAAUGUAGUAGUGGGAUCAGGAACCGGAGGUCAAAAGGGUGUGGAUGGAAUGGUCCUGACCUAGAAAAACAAGCAGUCAUUCUCCUUCAGGCAGUUCCCCGGAGACGUGUGGCACCCAUCAGUCUAACGCAUGUUUCCUUGUGGUCAUUGCAAAUGGAGCAGAGCCCCAGACACUUUCAGAGAGUGAUCGCUGCUACCAGAAGGUGCUGACUUUUGGCCUCACACAAAACCCCACAACAGACCGCAGCCUGCGUGUGCUUAGAUGUCGCAGUUUCCUAUUUCAGCUGCUUUUUAAAAAGCCUCUUCCAACCCAAUCCCACCUUUCCCCAAAGUAUUCACAUCUUAAAUUUUUCACAGAAUGUUAAAGGCAGAAUACAACUGAUAAUAAUACAACUGACAAUAACACAUUUAAAUGUUUUAAUUCUUUUCUUUUUCUUAAGUGCGAUAGAUUCCACGUAUAUUUCACAACAAAGACAAAAUAUUAUCACGGCUGUCUGUGAGACAUUGACCAUAUAUCCUUGUGAAGUCCUUUUGAGAAUGUUUUAUGCAUUGCGUGACUGAGGAGCAAUAACAAAUCAUUCAGAGAGCUAUUGGAUGACUAAUACCUGAGGGGAAAAAGAUGUGCUCUGGUGAAAGAGCUAAAGAACUGAAAGGAAUGAUAUCAACAUAAGCCUUUUCUUUUUUAAUAUUUCACCAGAGGGCUGGGCCAAGUUUAGAUAGAGUUACAAUGUCAAGUGUAUGACAGGUGACAAACCCUAGUCACCAAAAUGGUGAGCUCUGUAUUACCGCAGUAUUAUACUUGAGCAAAGCCAGGACAUAAAUAACCAUUCUCUUUCUAGUUUUUCACCCAUCUCUUCCCUUGAUGCCUUCUGUUGGCAGUUUUCCUCCUGUUUCUUGCCAAGCUGAUCAUUCCUAAUGUGUGAGCCUGCACAUUUACAUCUUCUCCCUGCAAGUUCUGCCAACUUUCUGUAGGAGUUGGACACCAGCAGUCCCAUCAGAUUUCAAGGCAUUGUACGGAUGUGACUGUGAAGGACAUUGUACCUCUUUUCCUCCAGGAGGGGUCACUGCAAAGCAACCGCAGCUUUCUCUCCUGCUAAACCCUAGGACAAAGAGGUCAAUUGUUGUGUCCUGUUAUCUGAUCAUCCUAUACCCCAAAGAAUGUGAUCUGUGCAUGCACGCGCGCGCACACGCACACACACACACACACACACACACACACACACACACACACACACACACACACACACAAACACAAAAUGUUAAAAUGGAAAAAGACAAUAACAAUUCCAUUUUGAGUAGGGAAGCAGAAUGCGUCCUUGACCAACAGUGUGGCUUCUGAUCAUAAAUUCUUGAUACAAUAUGUCUAAUUAUAAAAUACAUCAUCUUCGAUGAAUGAGCUGUUGUUGCUGGAGUGUGAAUGGUGUGGGUGGCUUCCAGUGCUUUGCCCUAGUGUUCUGUGCAGCUCCACUCCACUGGAGCUGGCUUCUGGAAGGUACAGGCAGUUAGGAGGGUCAUGAGUCAAGGUUCCUGUGAGCGAUGUGUUAUGGGCAGGAUGGAGGGUAGCCAUGUCUAUUUGCACUGGUUCACCAGCUGGGCUGUCCACAGAUGAUGAGAUGGGAGUCACAACAGUGCAAGGCCCUUCAACGUUCAGAGAGUAAAAGCCUUGAGACCCAUUUGAGGAUUGAUCUUCAUAAUAAAUAUCCUCUGUAUCUAUAAAAAAAAGAAAAAUUAUAUUAAACUAAUAAAAGUUUAUCAGUGAUGAUCUCUUGGUGAUGGCCUCUAUAUGAAACAUUGAUGUGUUCAUCGCCUCAGAGAAUGUUGUUGUUAUGGGCUCCACAGCCUUUAGUGGGCAUUUUAGUGUUAACUACAUUGUUCAUGGGUAGUAGAAACAAAAUGGUAAAUACCCAACAUACUGGUAAAAUAGGAAAUCUCACCUAACAUUUGCCUCAAGUUAUCAGCAGUUACAUCAGAAUCUUAUAUUGGAGAGUCACA